GUUCCACUCACCCACGUGGAUUGUUUUCAUCUUUUAAUUACAACAUGUACAUGCCAUGUGUAGUUAAAUUCUUCUGUGUGUUCAUUAUUUGGUCUCUCUUCGCUCUCGCUCAGUACUUGCUCUAUAGAUCUAUGGAUGUUAGCGAAAAGUGUGAGAUAUGUGGUGGCGAAGAUCUUAUCAAUGAUAACGGUUUCUUUUUCUGUUCGGAAUGUGGCACACAAUCUCAGCAAGCAAGAGAGCAGUAUGUUGUCAAGGAAAAGAUCGAAUCCUCUCAAGUUGCCAUACCCACUCCUAUAAAAGAAGAGGAAAAUAAUGAUGAAAAAGAAGAAAAAGUAACAAUCCUCGAAAAGUUUCAAAAAAUCCUGCAGAUACAGUGUAAUGCUCUUAUUCGCCUUGGAUGUGACCCCUCUUUAAAGGAAGCUGUUAAGCUCGUCUGGUUCAGGUUCCUUAAAUACAGUGGAUAUGCUUUCAAGAACUCAAUAGAACUUCCCAUAAAAUGUAUGCAUCAAGAUCUUUCAGAAAAGCAAUUGAAAUACAAGAAUAAUCCAAAAGUGCGUUCGAAUGAAACAGCAAAGCAAGUGAAGAAUCGUAUCACUAAGGCCAGAGCACCCAAGAGAAAGCAGUCUCUAUGCCCCUCUUGUAAAAAUUCCCUACCUACCCUCACACCUCAUGUUACUAAAAAAGAAUGUACUUGUAAAGCAUGUGUAAGGUUCGGGAAAUUAAAGGCCGGUACAAGUCGUGAUCUUGAUGAUGAGAACUUUGUUUGUGAGUGCGAGUCAAUGCCAUCCAAGCGUAGAAGAAUUUCUAAAAAAACAAAAGCAAGUCCUAUGAAAAUAAAAAGAAAGAGUGUUACUGAAAUGUCGAGAAAUGCACAAAAAGGCCACACUGGUGUUGGUAUUAAAGCUAAGAUACAGUCCAAUAAGCAUGAAUUUAGUUCAAAGAACAAGGGUGCUAGGAGAAAGAUUGACUUUGAUGCUGAGCUCUCACACGAUCUUGAAAAGUUAUUACACCCUACUGAGACAACAAGCACUGUAAAGACUGCAGAGGCAAAGGUUGGCUAUGAUGGAGAUUUUUUAGAAAAGGCUGGAAAAAUGUUGUCGACAAACGUGAAAGAAGAACCUAAUAGUCCUCUGAGUGGAUUCUCUGAUGAUGUACACCUAUUUGAAGAGAGCAGCGCUUCUGAUGAGGAGAAUACUGCAUCUGUGGAAAAGUUGGUUAGUAAAGACAACUCUAAAGAGGAGGCUGAUGAGUACUACAAGACCCUUAAGAAGCAAGGUGGAUCACACAUGAGGGUUCUAUCUCUGAAGCACACUGUGGCUAUCUGCUACCUGGGUCUUCUCUACACACAACAGAAUGUUCUUCUAAGCGAUUUUGCAAGAUGGAUCCAGCUUAAUCAAUUCCCAUAUCACAAUGUAUUGAGCCUGCUCCCUAGCAGCUACUUCCAAAGCAAGGACGCAACCUCACUUUCUUCUAAGGCAGGAGACAUGUCUGCGGAUCAACUGUACAUUUUUUUGCGUAAUCUGUGUUGGUACCUUCCUCUCCCACCAAUACCCACCAUCACCCCAACAACCAUGUGCCAGAUCUUCACCAAGAAACUGCAUCUUCCUGAGUACUUCAACAAAAUGGUGGGCAGGGCUUUGAGUUGUAUCGAAAGCCCUGAGUUUGAUGCUGCUUUCAUUCACACUCAUCGCACCUUUGAAAUUCGGUGCAUGUCAAUCGUUGUGUACCUGCUGAGGAUGGCCUACCGCUUAGAUGAUAUUUAUGAAUUUGAGAUGGUUGAGUGGGUUCGUCAAGAUUGUCAGGAAGAGAACCCACCUGAUGAUGGUGACUACUUAUACCUGUGGGAAGAUUGGGUAGCGCUCUACUGCAAAAAGAGACUUGUAUCUCUCUCAAAUGGCAUUCCUGAGAAUAAGAGUGAGCUUGCCUUAGUCACGAAUCCCAGCAAUUUCAUCGAGUAUUGCCAUGAUGAGCUUCUGACGAGUGCUCGUUUUAAUCCUACUGACAAAAAUCCUGAUACCCUUCAACCCUUGGAUCCUGAGUUCUGCAGUGAAUUGAGCGAUAUUAUAAAGCGAGCUCGGUUGAAAACAAAUAAAUGGGAGGAGUUACCACCUGGCUGCAACGACAAGCGCCAGUGUGAAGUGACAUUCAGACCAAUAAGGAGAGUGUACGUUUCCGACCUUGUGAAGUCAGAACAUGUUUCCUGGAAACUUUUUGACUGUCUACAGAGAGGCCCUAAGAGUAACAGAUUUCAUGAAAUUGAAUUCUCUCACUCUUUUAAAUUCUUGUUACAGACUUGUUCUAAUAUUCUUGAUGUUUCGGCAACAGAACUCUACGAACAAGUGUGUUGUAUUGAAUCGCAGAUCGUGUCUGCAACUGACACGUUAAAGCAGGCGUACAGCAUAUUGCUGGAGUUUAAAACCGGUAAUAAAUAUCAAUACAGUGAAAAACAGACACAUUCACAGACACAGACUGAGGAGGCACUGUUCCCGUUGCCUCAGAGAGUGCAGAAUGUUAGUCAAAACAAGAAACCCAGCAGUCGUAUACCAUUUAGGCGCUGGAUGUUUGUGCCUGAAACAGAUGAUCCGGAGGUUCGUAUACCGUUAGGACGCUGGAAGUUUGAAAAAAAGACCCAAACUGAUGAUAUUCAGUAUUCGAGUAUCUCCGAGUCUCAGACUUCAAGCCAUGAGCUGAAUUUCAGCUGUCAUGACUCUCAGUUUCAAGAAAUAAUGAACAUGAGCCUCUCGGAAUUUAAAAUUAACGACCUUUUUGAUUUUAGCUCUGAUGCUCAAUCGCAAGAUUCUGAUUCUGUCGAUAUCCACGCGCCUCUUUUAGAAACUAAAGGUUCACCACAACCUUCUGUUAGCUCCAAGAUCGAGACUUUAGGUUCUAGUUUUGACACAGAAGGUGCAACACAACAUUCUGGUUCUACUUUUGACACAGAAAGUGCACCACAAUAUUCUGAGUCUCAGUUGCAUAUCAAGAUUCAAGAUUCUAAUGUGGCUUUUUCCGAAACAAAAAACUGUAUUACCAUUGAGUCCCCGUCACAAAUCUUCAAUAUCCACGAAUUUCAAGCUUCUGGCAUGCAGGAAUCAGAUUGCCAGGAAAUUGGUUCUGGAGCUCACCUGUCUCAACUACAUGAACCCCAACCUCCAAUUGUAGUCCCCCCUUCUCCUGGUUUAAAACACAGAUUUCCCCAACUUCAAGAAGCGUUACUUAGUAUGUUUGAGUAUCAGUUAUCCCAAACGGUGAACCGGUGUCCAGAGAUACCUGUUCCACAAGUAGAGGCCGUACCGCAGACAGUGAUUCAGUGUAAAGAAUCUGUCCCACAAACAGGGAUAAAGCAUCGAGAGGAUAUCACUUCAGAAACAGAAACAGAAACCCAGUUCCAUGCGAUAGCUGCACAACAAGCCAAGACUCGGUUUUUGCCUGUACCAUUUUGUAAUGUAAUUGUGGAUUCACAGUCACCAAGCUUGUCUCAAAUUGAACCAGAGUGUCCUGAGCUAACUGAUUCCCAAUAUCAAACUCUGUUCAUGGAUGUAACUAAGCCACAUAGUCAAGAGUCUACUAGUAGCCUAUUUCAGUGCAAUGCCGGAAUUGCACACCCUCCGUCGCCUAAGUUGAGUGCACUCCAAAUAGAAGAUGAACUGAGUAUUUCAUGCACCAAUCACCUUUUUCAGGAGGAAACUUUUUCAACACUUGCAAAGUCUGACGCCUGUUGUACACUUGAGAAUUCAUCAGAGAAAGGUGUUGGUUUGAAUGCUGACAAUCAAGAGUGACAGCAGUCACAGUGUUCACUUCACUUACUUUUUGGCCAUUAUCUUGUGUUGAUCACAUUGAAAGCUUUGUGUUUGCAUUUAUCUUAUAUAUGUAUGUUUUAUAACCACAAGCAUUGCUAGUUUUAUAACUCACCUAUGCAUGCACUCUCCGCCUGCCUGUUGUAUACACUUGAGAAUUCAUCAGAGCUGUUACUAUACUGUGAGACUGACAUUUAAAUCAAGAGUGACAGUCACGGUGUUUUUAUUUUGGCCAUUAUCAAUCAAGUAUAAUUAUUACUGAAAGUCUUUGUGUUUGCAUAUCUAUUAUGUUUUCUAACCACAUACUUUUUGCAUUGCUAUUUUUAUAACUCACCACUCUUUAGGUUUUCCCC